AUGACGUUUACGAAAAUUGCGAUCAUCUACAAGGCCCCACAUCUUUCUUUUGAACAAUUCAAAGCACAUUACGAGAUUUCAAAUGUACCUUUAGUGAAGUCAUUGCAAGACGAACGAUAUGCGCCCCUGCUCUACAAGCGCCGGUAUAUAAAAUUGAACACAGAGUCUAAGUCGCCAGGAUUCGAUGCUAUCACAGAACUCGUGUUCAAGGACGAAUCGACGUAUAGGAAAUGGGAAGCUCAUUUAGCGGAAGGUGAUCGUGACAAAAGGAUUUUUGAGGAUAGCCUGACUUUUACUAAUGGAGAAAAAUCGGGCUAUCUUGCCAUAGACGAGGUGAUAGAGUGA